AAAGGGCGCGAAUCUCGCGCGGUGUUCGUGUUCCGGUUCGAACUGGAACUGCGGGGUAUCCGUAGAAACCGUCGUUCGCCUUUAGCUUUCUGUUUUAAAGAUCCGUCGCAGUACAGCGAACUUCAUACGAAUUUCACCGCUGCAGUUUUAAGUGUUCCAGUAAGACACAAUGAGUGAUUCUGGCAAGGACACAGUGGCGACUAAAGAGAAAGAUGGAGCAGAGAAGAGAGGACGUGGAAGACCCCGAAAACACCCACAGGAGGCCAGUGGAUCUCCUACACCGAAGAGACCCAGAGGAAGACCAAAGGGCAGCAAAAACAAGCCGAGCUCUACUGUGUCUCGGGGCAAAAAAGCAGCAGCGGCUUCGGCACCUGCAGGGACUAAACGCCGAGGACGACCCAAGAAAGCAGAGAAGGAGGAGCAGCCAUCCAAGUCCUCCGAGGAGGAAGAAGAGGAGGAAGAGGAACAGUAACUAGCGACUCGUGCUACCUCACAAUCCAACGUUAUUUCUUCCUGUUGACCAGAGCUGGACUGACCCUUUCCCCCACCCUGAUUUCUCCCCUCUACCCUCUCUCUUUUCCCGUACACUAGUGCCACCCUCACCCUCCAAUUCACCUUUAUGCUCUAGUGCCCCCUAGUGUCAGGGAGGCUGGCAUGUCCAUGCGGCUUCUGUGUAACACCACUGGAAAAAACAAAAAAAGGACUCAAAAUAUACUGUAUGUCCAUUCAUGGAUGCAUGCACACAUGUAUGCGUGUAUGUAAAUGUCUCGCACUCAAAGGGUAAUUGGUCUAUCAUCAUACUGGACAAAGAUAUGCUCUGACGGCGGCUUGACACAAAGCGAUUUGCAAAAUACUGAAGUUUCUUUUGUUUUUCUCGUCUCACAAACAGUUUCAGGCCUUGGGGAUUCACGUUUAUUUUUGCAAGUCUAAAUCUAAAAUUGCGGUAGGUUGUGUGAAAUUCAUGUCGUCGUGUACUGGACAAAGGUGAAUUGACCUACUUGUUUGUUUUUACUUGGGUUGUGUGUGCGCGUGCGUGUGUGUGUGUGUGGUAACUCGAUGUCUCCAGUUAUACCUUUAUUUUAUUUUUUAGCUUCUGUGAUUUUCAAGCUAGAACUAAACCUUGAGUGAGCAUAAUCUAGAGGACUUUUAACUUGUAAUCAACAUAUCAUCAAAUGCUUUUUGUCGUGGAUAUCUUCCUCCUUCAUAACAGCCGAUUCUCCACCAUCAUGAUUUAUAUACAUAUAAAUAAAUCCCCGUUAAAUUUGUUAGCACGCCUCGUUGUGCGUUACGCAGAGGAACGUCUUGACUACGUUUCACGUUUUAUUUGGUCGUGGAGGACGAUGAUUGCUUUUAAUCGUGACCCGUUUUCCCCAUCACCAUCCUAUACGACAUCGUCCUCGAAACAACAACAAACAGUAAACUGCAGAUUUGGACGACAGCAGUGCUUUAAAUUUUAUCGGCCCCAAACCCGUUGACCUCGCAUGUGACUGUAAAUGUGUUAUAUUUUAAUAGUAGUACAGAUCGAUUAGAGCAUUCCAUUUAGCUGAUGAAACGUCCCGGCCGUGUCAGUACUUCAGUCCACUCGGACAUCUUUGGCUUCAUUUUGUUUUUGUUGUUUUUGACGUGUUGAAUUCCAUGUCAGGGAACGCUGAUCGGUCCAGUGACUGGGUCUCCUCUCAGAACUUAAUGCUGCUACAAACAUGGUUAACUAAAAACCCGGAAUACUGCAACCCGGUCAGUUCUACUCUGGACUUGACCGUCACUUUCAUACCUCACUUUACAACAGCCUAUGACGGAUUUCUCUCCUCUGUUAAUUUUCCUGACGCCGUUCAACUGGUCUCAGUGCAGCGUUUGCCGAGAGCGCUCGUUUGAUCCUCCUCUAGUGUGGGGUUAUUGUUGCUCUGUUUUUGUUUCAAACUGGUUUUGCUUUACAGCGGUGUGCAUCAUUUAAUUCCUGUAGAAUCAUCUGGAGACGCCAACAGCGGGAUGCAUUGAGUCAGAGAGAUGCAAAACGUGUUCACAGACUGUGGUAGAGAUCUAGGUUUUAUUUUCUUCUGUACGUAUUUGUUUGGUGCACUGAAUUGACUUAUUUUUGCUUUCUUAUCCUGAAUAAAAUGACUUUAGUGUGGCACCUGAAGCCUAGGGUUUGUUUAUUUCUCCUGUCUCCGAUUUAAACUUCCUCAUCCUGCUAGCCGCUUUAGCUCCGAGCCCUUGUUUUGGUAGAUCAUGAUGGUACUAUAUACGGCUGUUUGACGCAGUGGUUUUUAACAUGCCCUUCAUUACUGAUGUCUUGUUUUUAUGUGCCCGUGCACACAACUGGUUUGGGAUCAGUCUUUUCAAUGUAUACACUCUGCAUUUUCUAUUGUGGACUGCAGGAAUUUAUAUUCAAAAAUGGUAAUAAAGUUAAGAAUUCGUACAUGU